UAGCCGAGUACCACUCUCCUUCUCAGACUUUGCGAGCCUCUGGCAGACAUACGGCAGCGAUUGCCAGGCGAUUCUACUACGAGGGUUCGUCAGCUGUAUCGUCCAUCCGUCGACAGCGACAGAUUCGAAGACAUUUGCGCCGGAGAUUAGGAGCCCCGGCUGAUCUGCAUCGUGCGAAAGCAUGAUAACAGUACCGCAGUAGCUGUCUGCAUGCUCAAUGCAUACAGGCAAGAGUCACAAAAAGCGACAAGUCUACUGCGACCCGAUCGACGACACUUUGCCGAGUCGCUUGCAGCUGGUUGCCGAGCGCACGUCGCCUCGUAGACCCGUAAGGAAUGCGCUCAAGCCGUUGAGCAUCAACGUCGAUCGGCCAAUGAUGGAGCGUCUACGCGAUCACAAGGGUCAGCUGCGAAAUGCGUUCGCCUCACCAAGCGCACGUCGAGCUGUCGCCCAUCACGGCUUCGUUACGCCUCGCAAGAGCGAGACCAGGGGCGUGAAGCGGAAGCGUUCGGCCAAGACGACUACUUCGGCUCAAACUCAGGAAGCGAUGCUUUCGCCUAGAAAGACGCGUACUCAGUCGAGGUUGGCAGCGCGACGGAAAGCGUACGACAGCGAGGAUAGCGACGUGGAGCAAGAUGGCAUGGAGGUCGAGGAUGCUGCGCAAGAUACAGACGACGGCUUCGAAGACGUUACUUCCUCAAGUUCAGCCCCGGAGCCUGGCAGCGACGUUCACGAGGAAGAGGACGACGACGCGUUCUAUCUUGAGCACGCAGCGCAGAGCCAGCUCAUGAAGCUUCGCAAAACACGCCUGAUUGAUCUGUGCACCUCUGCGGGCCUGUUUGACGAUGACGCCGAGUUGGAGACAUUGACAAAAGCGAUACUCGUGGACAGUAUCCUGCACUGGCGAACGCACAGGGACAGCCCGGACGAGACAAGUAGCGAAGAGGCUAGUGGUUCCGAGUCAUCCGUUCAAUCACCUCAGAUGAAUCGUGUGCGUGUCGGCCGCACGCUGAGGACGCGGCGCGGGCCAUCGCCAACACGGCCGAAAGUUCCGGAUCACCGCAGGCUACCCUAUCAGACUCGAAGCAGCUUACCAUCACUAUGCGCAUUGACAGAUGCCCAACUCGAGAUCUCCUCGCAGACUACCUUCGGUCGCUCCCCGACAAAGCCACGUCGAUUACGCCAUGUGCCUUCUCGCGCGCGACUGAGGCGUCAGCAUACAGCGCUGCCGAGGGAAUAUCGCAAUGCGCUCGAUCGUCGCGUUCGGCCGGAGUCGACAGCACAGUAUGAGUCUACAGACGAUGAAUGGGAAGCGGCGUCUGCGGCGGAUGAUGAUUCUGACGCAGAUGACCAAGAAGAUAUGCCAUCGCCGCCAAAGAGGCAAAGAAGCAGCACGCGUGUUGCUUUCCAAGGCAGAUCAUCCGAGCCACAGUCACGACUGGUGUCGCGGACGCACGCACGACGAUCACAAGCUAGCGAUUCUGCAGAAGAUCGCGAGUCCGGCCGGAGCUCUCGAUCGUCUAAGCUUGCAAAGGGUACCACGCCAGUAGCGCGAAGGACACGACAAGCAACCGGCGGCUCUAUCACUGCCAUUGAUUUUGCGUUGGCGGAUUCCCAUCCGGUCGAGUCAGACUCCGAGGAUGAGGCGUCACAUCAUUCUAGUCACAGAUCUCUUCGGUCCAGUCUUCGUGUCAGUCGCAGCGAAAGCGUGGCAUCUCAGUCGAGCAUGCGAAGGCGGACGCGCAGCGGUCAACACGAGGUGAUUGUCGACGAGGAGGAAGCAGUUGAUCCCUUCUCCCAUCCAAUCAUGACAGACGAUGAGGGCAGCGACAGGCAAGACAGCGACCCAGAUACAGACGAAGAGAUCAGCAUAACACAGACCGUCGGAGAUGACGAAGACGCGAACGAGGACGUGACAAUUACAGAAGACGAUGCAGCGUCACGACGAGCAAGCAGCCGAUUCUGACGAAGCGGAAGAGGAGGAGGUAGACGAAGAUGGAUCAGAUGCUGGCGAAGAGCUUGACAUCAACUUGGCUAGCUUCAAGGAACU